GCGCUGCACGCGGAGUUCGCUCCUUUACCUGCCUGCUCGCGAGGCUCCGGCUGUGUCCAUCAACCCGAGCAGAGAACCAUGCCGUCAGCGGCCUCCCCCCGCGGCCAGGAGCCGCUACAUCCCGCCGACGCGGAGGAGCAGGGCCCGGAGCCCGUUACCGAACCCAAAAAAAAGAAAGAUAAGACCAAGAAAAAGGCGUUGGCCGCUGUGGUGGAAAACGCAGACGACUGUGAUCCUCCAGCUCCCAAAAAAAUUAAGAAACAAAAGAUGGACACCUCGAACGAAUCUCCUGAUCUUAACGGAAACGUAAAGAAAGACAAACUUAAAGUGAAAAACUCUCAUUCCAGUGAUGAGCUCAUCAAACCCGACAGCGACCAACCCAGCGAGAAGAAGAAAAAGAAGAAGAAACAGGAGACGGAGGAGGACACUGCAGUCAGUGAAUCUCCAGCCAUCAGUGAAGAGGCUGAAAAACCAGCGAAGUCUCAGACGAAGCUUAACGGACAUUCCACAGACCAGACUCCAGCCCAGUCCAGCGAGGACUCCGCCAGCGACAGCGAAAAAGAGACGGAAACUCCAGAGCAAAGAGAAGGUGCUUUCUCAAACUUCAAAAUCUCACAGAAAACCAUCCAACUGCUUCAAGCUCGUGGAGUUACAUACCUGUUUGACAUCCAAGUGAAGACCUUCAACCCGGUGUAUGAUGGGAAGGAUGUGAUUGGCCAGGCCAGAACCGGCACAGGAAAGACCUUUUCAUUCGCCAUUCCACUGGUGGAGAAACUGCAGUCGGAACCCGCGGACAAGAGGAGAGGGAGACCCCCAAAGGUGCUGGUCCUGGCUCCUACCCGAGAGCUGGCCAUUCAGGUUGCCAAGGAUUUCAAGGACGUCACCAGAAACCUCUCAGUCUUCUGCUUCUAUGGAGGAAGCUCCUACAACCCGCAAGUGGACGCGAUCCGCAGUGGUAUCGAUAUUCUGGUGGGAACUCCAGGCCGAAUUAAAGAUAAUCUCCAGAACAAUAAGCUGGAUCUGUCUCAGCUGAAGCACGUGGUUCUGGAUGAAGUGGACCAAAUGCUGGAUAUGGGUUUCGCUGAGCAGGUGGAGGAGAUCCUGUCUGCUUCUUACAAAAAAGACGCUGAAAGUAACCCUCAGACUCUGCUGUUCUCGGCUACGUGUCCUCCCUGGGUUUACGACGUGGCUAAGAAGUACAUGAGAUCUCAGUUCGUCCACGUGGAUCUCAUCGGCAAAAAGACUCAGAAAGCAGCGACUACAGUCGAGCACCUGGCCAUCGCGUGUCACUGGUCUCAGAGAGCAGCGGUCCUCGGGGACGUGGUGCAGGUCUACAGCGGGAGCCACGGCCGCAGCAUCGUCUUCUGUGAGACCAAGAAAGAAGCUCACGAGCUCUCCAUGAACCCGUCCAUCAAACAGAACGCCCAGUCUCUGCACGGAGACAUCCCUCAGAAACAGAGAGAAACCACCCUGAAAGGCUUCAGGAACGGAACCUUCGAGGUCCUGGUGGCCACAAACGUCGCCGCUCGAGGUCUGGACAUCCCAGAAGUGGACCUGGUCGUUCAGUGUUCUCCUCCUAAGGACGUCGAGUCGUAUAUCCACCGCUCCGGGCGAACCGGCAGAGCUGGACGAACUGGCGUCUGCAUCUGUUUCUACCAGCGCAAAGAGGAGGAUCAGCUCCGAUACGUAGAGAAGAAAGCUGGCAUCACGUUUAAGCGCGUGGGCGUGCCGACUGCUAACGACAUCGUUAAAUCCUCCAGUAAAGACGCCGUCAGGUACCUGGACUCUGUACCGGCGGCAGCUAUCGAGUACUUCCGCGCCGCGGCCGAGAGGCUGAUAGAAGAGCGAGGUCCUGUGGAGGCGUUAGCCGCCGCUUUGGCUCACAUAUCAGGAGCCACGACUCUGGAGCAGAGGUCCCUCCUGAACUCCGACGCUGGUUUUACCACCAUGAUCAUGAACUGCUCAGUUGAGAUGAACAACAUCGGCACGGCCUGGCGAGCUCUGAAAGAGCAGCUCGGGGAGGAGAUAGACGACCAGAUCAGACGGAUGAUCUUCCUCAAGGAUCAAAUGGGAGUGUGCUUUGAUGUUCCUGCUGAUAAAGUGAAAGAAAUUCAGGAUAAAUGGGAAGAUGGCCGCCGCUGGCAGCUGACCGUCGCCACAGAACUGCCAGAGCUGAAGGAGCAGCAGCAGCGCGGAUUUGGCGAGAGGACGUCUGGCGGGUUUGGUGGCAGGGGCGGUGGCGGAGGUGGCAGGGGCCGUGGCGGGUUCGGGGGUGACAGGAGGAGCUUUGGACGGGGAGGACGUGGUGGUGGAGGAGGAAGAGGAGGAGGAGGAAGAGGUGGUCAGAAGCGAAGUUUCAGCCAAGCUUUCGACUAUUAACCACCAGCAGCCGCCCAUUCGGACUCGUUACUCUUUUCCUUUAUGUUUUUUGUAUUUGACUCUCCUGUGACUCUUUUUCUGGUGCUUGGGGAAUAAACCUCGCUUCCCAAGACUUGCUCGAUACACCGAACUGAUUGCUUUGCAAUUAUGAAUUUAAACAUCCAUAUUUAAGCCCAUUCACAUGAAUGAGAACUUCAUUAAAGUGGUCUUAAUAUAAAUAAA